CGGUCGCCUAGCAACAGCAGGACGCGAACCGAUGGAGACCAGCAACAGGGAGCUCCAAGCCGCGGAGUAUUUGGAAAGGCAUCGGAUCAAGGAGCUGGUGAGCUACCUCACCAGUGCCCUCCUAUUCUUUCGGCCGGAAAAACCAAGAGAAUAUUUAAUAUCUCUAUUGGAACGACUGAGAAUUGCAAAAGUAACAGGCGUAGCAUUUCCUUUCUUUAUGGAUAACUCUAACAUUGUGGCCAUGUUUGAGAUGAUGGACUCCUCAGGCAGAGGCACCAUAUCAUUUGUGCAGUAUAAAGAAGCCCUAAAAACUCUGGGUCUAUACACUGAAGAUGGAGAUUUAAAAGAUGAUGGACAUAUAAUAACUUUGGAUAAAUUCAAGGAGGAAGUGAACAAGAGGAUGAAGGAAAUAUGAUGUAUAUAUCCAGCUUCUCUACAAGCAUUUGCCAGAAAAUUUUAAAUAAGGAGAAACAAAGCUGCUGCUCCAACUGAAGUAAAUGGUCUCGUAACGUCAGCAGUAAGGGGCAAGCCGAACUGGACAGGGACAUCACUGCCUGCUCUGACUGAGAUGGCAAGGACAACCAUCUGGAAAAAACACAUUUUUACCAAAAAAUUGUCAUCAGUUUGUACUUUUGAAGUUUUUAAAUCAUUUUAAAUUGGAGGAAGUGUUCUAGGGCAUUUUGGAUAAGAAAAAAUACACAGUCCAACAUUAAAAGCUCUA